GAUAAGGUUUCAUCUUUCUAAAUGUCUCUGUUCCUUGUUCGAAAUGUUAGUGAAUUACUUGCUUUGAGAGUAAACGUGGUGUAAGGACUCACAUAGCUAGCUCUUAUUUUGUUGCACAAAAGGGUAUAGCCUGUUUUGUAUUUGGUUUUGCUUCUCAUAGUCACCUCACACUUGUUAAUGGUGAACAGUUGCCUGUGAUGGGUCUUUUCCAGUCCACAUGUUUUCAUCUUGCAGAUUGGGAUAAUGAAUUAGUAUGCUACAAAGAAUUAAAUGAGGAUCUAACCUGUACCUGGCUGCCAGUACCCAGUGCUCCGAAUAUGGUUAAUUAUACUGUAUUCUUAAAAUGGGACAGAAUACCAAAACUUUUUCAACGAAACACAUCAUCAUCUUCCAUCACAAUAGAACGAAAGGAUCUCUACAUGAAGCGAUCUGCAUCUAUUUGGAUAGCAGUGAAUUACGCCCAUGACAGCUGUGUGAAAGGAAAGAACAUCUCAGUUACACCGAGCAAAGCAGGGAAGUGCUUGACACCAUCUAACAUAAAUGCUCAUCAGAUCACAAACCAAUUGAUAAUAAAGUGGGACUUGCCUGCAACUCCUACAUCAUAUGAGCUGAGAUACAGAGAGGCACUCACAGAAUCCACUUGGUGGACGCUGGUGCCUGUAGAAAGCAGUGCUGUCAAUGUCACCAUUUCGAAUUUAAAUGCUAUGUCUUCAUACAUUAUUCAGCUCAGAUGCAUAGCCAAGGAUGGUCUCCACUGUGUUUGCAUUUGGAGUAAAGAGAUUUUGGUCCCUCACAAACUCACGAACAUGCCAAGAAUAUCAUAUAAUGCAACUACAGAAAUCUCUCCAGGCAGAAGAAGUGUUCUUCUGAAGUGGGAGGUAACACAAAGUGAGAACAUCCUUGGAUAUUACGUUAAUGUGGAAAGAAUACCUAACAGUUGCAGGGAUUCACCAAAUCGCAUCUUUCUAAAGGACAGAAAAGUUCUUCUAAACCUCUCCAUGGCUUAUUAUAGAGUUAAUAUUUCUGCCUAUAACAAAGCAGGAGAAUCUCCACAAGCCACCUACAUUGUCCCAGACUCCUCUGCAACAGACUUGCCUGGCCAAAUCCAUGUCAGACACCAGGGAACUAAUGCAGUUGUCACCUGGACUCCAGAAUACAAGCCAAAAUGUUUUGUGGUUGACUGGGGCACUGGUAAAGACGAUAUGCGCAUGAAAAUAAUAACUACGACUACUGGAAAUUUCAUGCUAGACAAUUUUCAGCCAUAUAAGUUGUACAAAAUAAUGGUACAUGCAUCCGAUGUGUGUCAGUGUGAAAGUUUCACAAGACAUGAAAAGACUUUUGGAGUGACCCACUUUUACUCAGUUGAAGGAGUUCCUAGGUCAGGUCCCGCUAAUGUGACAAUUCUCAAUAUCACAAAGCAUUCUGCGCUUGUGAAGUGGACCAAAAUAGCUGCCAAAGACUGUUUGGGCAUUCUCCAGGGAUACAGAAUCAGCUACACAGAUUCAUCGAGGAAGAAGUCUCUGGCUGUUACUCUCAAUUCUUCUACCACAAGUUACCAUCUUACCGGACUGAAGGAAAAAACCAUCUACCGUGUACAGAUUUCAGGAUUCACUAAAGCUGGCGAAGGACCUCCAACUCUUUCACAGCCUUUCAGCACUCCAAAAUACAAUAAAGGAGAAUUUGAAGGUCUUGUGACUGGCCUUACCUUCAGCAUGAUGUUCAUUCUAGUUUUUGCACCUCUCACUUGUUCUCUGGUGCUUAAAAGGCUGAAAAUAUCAUGCUGGCCUAGUGUACCAAGUCCAAGAAACAGCAGUGCACUCCAAGAUAUGACUAAUUGGAAACCCGUUUCAAGGUCGUUGCUUCAGGCCCUGUCAGACAAUGAUACCACCAGCCUUUAUGUCAUAGAGCAUGAGUCAAAGGCUCCUUUGAAGAUAGAUCUCGUUACAAAUGGUAGAGAAGACAGCAAGUGUGACGCUGGCCAGUCAGAAGAACCUAGCAAUAACAUAGACAAAAGCCUAAGGCAUGAAGAAAUCCCUGAAGAAGGAGUUACAAGUGAAGAAGAAGGAAUCAUUUCCAUUACAAUACCACUCUUGAGUGACUACACCAGCAUGGAGUUCAGCCAGAAAGCCCUGAUGAGUCCAACACUGAAGCUGCCUGCAAGAGCUGCUCGUCCUCAUCUGGAAAUGGAACUAAGCAGUAAGCCAGCACAAACUAAGCAUCAGGUUUUGUUUGCUCCCCAAGACUACCUCAAACAAAGCCAAGUAGUGUUUUUGCCAUCUGGACCAACUUUGAUGGGACAAGUCAAUUCGAACUGAAGCAUCUUCAUAAUUUCCCAUACCAUAAAAUCAAGUUCCAAAACCUCUCAUGCUUGAAUGGAGCCAUUAAGACCACAUAGGACAGUAAGCUUGUGCCAGUAGUUAGUCUCUGCUUCAAUAAGCUUCCUUGGUGAAAUAGACUGAUUAUAUAAUUAGAUUAGCUAUUUCACCACAUUCAUUCUGUGGAAAGUCCUACUGUCUUCACACAGGCAAAACUUUCAGGGAACUGUAUGAAAAAACCUUCCAGUUAGGUACCUCUUGCUCUUGAUUUUCAGAUCUGAUAAGUAAGUUCUUCAGUAAAAAUUCCAGCAAAAGUGUCUACCACUCCAAAGAAGCUCUCCAGUUGGUCAAAGCUGGCCAAAGAGAAGAGUGAAAAGCCUUGAAUUUAGGAAUAGAAAAUUAUGCUUAUCCAUCUAUGUAAAGCACUAUCAAGUGCUUUACAUCUUAGAUCUUUACACCUUUAUUCAUCAUAGAUGAAUAUUGCUGUGUAAAUGAAGAUGAUAAUAAGUAUCGUUAUUAGUAUGGAGUUUUUACUUGCAUUAAAUUAAGGCUAUUUCUUCCUGCAUUUAUCUACACAGACAUAGAAAUCCAUUCAUGUUCUGUUACGAGAUGCAGUUGCAGGUACGAUGUCACACUGCACGCAAUUACAAUAUCUGUUGAACAGACUUCAAGAGGUGGAUAGUUCAGUUAGUCAUCCCUCCAAAGCUUGCAUAGAGGAGUCGUCAUUGGAAUAUAGGGGAUAAAAUGGUCUUCAUUAAUAUGCUGUCUGUGCGACUCCAUCAUGUAUCUACACAGUGCAAGGAGACUGAACUGGUUUUCUAGCACACAGCAGCUUCUCACCCAUGAACUCUCUAGGCAUUAAUGGUUUGCAGUUAUUGUAGAAGACCCAGUUUUUUGUUGUCUCUAGUUUAUGGAGCAUUUUAUUAAAAUUAUUUUGUGGAGAAAUUGUUCAACUGAACUGUAAGCACCAGAGGCUCCUUAGAUGGACAGCUUUUAAAAUUCUCUCAUUAAAAGUGAAGGACGAUUCACAUUCACACAAAUAUUUCCAUGCAUAUUAGGCAGUAUGAAUUAUAGAAUAGCCAUGCUUACAAAAAGCUCAAAGAAAUUGCAUAUACCCCCCCCCUUGACUGAUUUAGUAAGGCCCCAUAACAAAACCUCUUUUAUGCAGUUUCCUUAUUUAUAUUCACUUUCUCUUUAUUUAUAUCUCUCUAUGUCUGUUAGGACUGGCAGGAACCAAUCUGCAUUUCACUGUGGGUUUUGCAUUGUUUUUAUUUAUCACUUACUUAAAAUGCAUUGUUUUGCCACAAAGCAAUGUACCUGUUACCACUCUCCCUUGUUACCUCUGCUCAUUGAAAGAAGGG